GAUCCGAGCCCCUGGGGCGAGGUAGGGGAAGCUGCUGGCUGCCGUUUUCGUGGUUUUCUCCCAGUGUCCAGUAGAAAUGGCGGCGGCGCAAAGUAUGGCUGGGCCAACCUAGGGUCCCCCAGGACCCUCCGCUCUGCGCGACAAGGGGCCCGCGCUCGCCAAGGCCGAGGGGCAGGAGUGAACGUGGCCCCCGUGGGUCUGCGGCCCCGACAGGCUAGCCAAUUGUAUAGAAUUUAAAUCAUCUCUCAGAUGUAUACAGUAGAACUCAAGAAGACAGACUACCAAGGGUCAUCUGAAGUCGUGAUUGUCCUGGGUCACUAAUAAUAGCAGGACAAAGUUAGAGAUCGCUACUCAAGCAUAAGCCCCAGGCUUCAUAAGACUGCAGAGAGGAUGUUUGAUAUAAAGCCUUGGGCUGAGUAUGUUGUGGAAUGGGCUGCAAAGGACCCAUAUGGCUUCCUUACAGCGGUUAUUUUGGCCCUUACUCCACUGUUCCUAGCAAGUGCUGUACUGUCUUGGAAAUUGGCCAAGAUGAUUGAGGCCAGGGAGAAGGAGCAAAAGAAGAAACAAAAUGCCAAGAAAACACUGCAAAAGCUAAACGACUAAAAAAGGAUUGAAGGACUGAACAGGCUCUGCAACCAGAGGAAAAUCAUUUGGAAAAUUAUGCAGCUUUGGAAGAACCCACUAAAGUUUCUUCUUUGGAUUUCUUGACAGUAUUAUUUAGUAAAUGAAAUCUGACCAAAUGGAA